UACUCCCUCUUCUCCGACAGAGAAAAAAGAAAAAAAUUCCCUCUCCAUAAACAGUACUACAUAAAGGGUUCAAAUCCGUUCGUUCACAACAAUACUCCGGGGGAAGGUUAAUUGAGAUAUAUGGGAUUGGCAAGACUCUCAUCCAAUGAAGGUGAUCAAAAUGAGUUCUCAAUUGAGUAUACUUCUUGGCUGGUGGAGCAUCCUUGUGCAUUGGAUAAAUUUGAAGAGAUGAAGAGUAUAGCAAAAGGGAAAAAAAUUGUAAUUUUUUUGGAUUAUGAUGGCACUUUAUCUGAAAUUGUGCCCAAUCCUGAAGAAGCUUUUAUGACUGAUAAGAUGAGAAUGGUGCUAGGUGAAGUUGCUGAUCGAUUUCCUACAGCAAUUAUUAGUGGACGAAAACGAGAAAAGGUACAAGAUUUUGUACAAUUGAAGAAUGUUUAUUAUGCUGGAAGUCAUGGGCUAGAUAUUGAAGCUCCAUUGAAUUCUUUAAAGUGUAAAGACUCUAAUGAAAUGGAUAAUAAAAUUGUGCUUUACCAACCUGCGAAAGAAUUUUUACCUGAAAAAGAUAAGGUUCUAAAUCUGUUGAGCGAGAGAACUAAAGAUAUUAAAGGUGUCAAUAUUGAAGAUAACAAAUUUUGCAUUUCUAUACACUUUAGGCAUGUUCACUCAAAGGACCUUGGCACAGUUGAGAAUGUCAUUUCUGUUAUCUUAAAAGAAUAUCCAAACUUUCUUGUAUCAACCGGAAAGAAGGUGUAUGAGAUACGACCAAAUAUUGCAUGGGACAAAGGUCAUGCAUUGGAAUAUUUAUUAGAAAAUCUUGGAUUUGGAAAUUCAGAUGAUGUCCUUCCAAUAUAUGUUGGAGAUGAUCGAACCGAUGAAGAUGCUUUCAAGGUAUUAAGGAAAAGAAGACAAGGUUUUCCAAUAAUUGUUUCUGCUAAUCCAAAAGACACCAAUGCUUUGUACUCUUUACGUGAACCAAAACAAGUCAUGGAAUUUUUGUUAGGGUUAAUGGUUUUGGAACAAUAGAACUUUAGUCUAUUUAACUUAGAUGUCUUCAUCUCAUAUAUAUAUAUAUAUAUAUAUAUAUAUAUAGUUUAGUGAUCAAGAGAUUAAAAUUCUCUGUAUCUGCAAUUUAUUAGUUGCGGUUUUUUCAAAAUGCGAUUUGCAAGUCA